AUGAUGGGAGCUCUGGUGGUUGGAAGCAGCAGCAGCAGCAGCAGCAUCAGCAGCUUCUCCUCUCAUGUGGUCCUCGGAAACCUUGCGAUCGCUCCGUACCCGGAUGCGCACUUACCCCCGGCGGAGCGGCUGUCCCGCAGUGCGCUCUCUCCACCACCUGAGUUUGCGCAUCUACGUGGGGUUUUGCGCCGGAGACAGCUGUACUGCAGAACCGGCUUCCACCUGGAGAUCCACCGGGACGGUACCGUGCAGGGCACCAGGAAGGAUCACAGCACAUUCGGUGUUCUCGAGUUCAUCAGUCUGGCAGUUGGCUUGGUGAGCAUCCGAGGUGUAGAUAGUGGCCUGUACCUGGCCAUGAACAGCAAAGGUCAUCUGUACGGCUCAGAGAAACUGACGGCUGAGAGUGUUUUCCGUGAGCAGUUUGAGGAGAACUGGUACAACACCUACUCGUCCAACCUUUACCGGCAUGGCGAGCGAGGCCCUCACUACUUUGUUGCUCUCAACAAAGACGGCACUUCACGGGAUGGUUCGCGAUCUCGGAGACACCAGCGAUUCACACACUUUCUGCCUCGACCUGUGGACCCUGACCGUGUACCUGAGCUCUACAAGGAAGUCCUGGGACAAAGCUGA